AUGUGGCUAUCUCUUAUUUUUAUUCUUGUGUUAAAUAUAUUUUUUUUCAUGUGCGUGCAUCAAGAAAUCAAUCUCUUACAAUUUAUUUUCAAGCUGUCUAUUGUUAUACUUGGUUUUGAUGCUUUUGAAACUUGGUUGAAAUAUAAACAUAGAACAACUUGUUUAAAAAAGUUAGCUAAUCAUGACCUUACAAAUUUCAAAUUAACGACAUUGCAAUUAAAAAAUUGGCUCAAAAGAAGGUGGUUGGAUUAUAUUCUUUUGCGUGAAAGAAACCAUACAAAGGCAUUUUUAUUGGUGCAAAUUAUGUUAGGUCUUAUUUUCUUUAUCUGCAAGCACACUACAGGCUAUUCAAUAAUGUACAUGUUGGUGAUGAUUUUAUGCAUUUCAUACAAAUUGUUACCACCCGUAGUAAGAUUCAUGAAAAGAAUUCAACAAAAUGCAGAGUCUGAUCUUGAAUUGGAAGGACUGGUCCCUGAUGAUACUGAUGCUAAUAUGGACUUAUUAUCUAUAGACCAAGAACAAAACCAAGUUAUUGAUGAAAAACAAAGCUUAGAUUAUUGGAAACCUGAAGAUGUGCCAAUUGAAGAAGUAAGUGACAGUUCUGAUAAUAGUAGUUCACUGGUUACUAAUUUAUCAAUUGAAAAGAUGCAUACAUUUGAAAAAGAAAUUGAAACUUCAGACUCCAGUGAAGAUGAAUAUAUACCUAGAGUUAAAUAUCAGCCCAAAGAACAAUUUCAAUCAACAUUGGUAGUUGAACCAGCCAACACAUGGACUAAUGCCGCUUACAAUGUUUUCCAAAAUCUAGGUGGCGCUGUUGCUAAUAUAAUUUAUACACCGCAAGAAGACAAUAAAAGGAAACGGGUUCCAAGUAUUGAUUCUUCAGAUGGUUUUGAAAUGAUCGAUAAAAAUGAUAUUCUA